AUGAAUAAAAUAUUAAUAUCCUCAAUAAUUUGUUUUUCUUUUUCAGUAAUUGCUCAGGCUUGUACCUAGUUUUUAAAUAAGGCAGAAGCAACUUUGAUCAUUCCUUUGGGAUAAACAUGCUUGCUAGAAGACAGUUCAAUUAAUAAUCUAGUUUUGAAUAGAAUUAUAAUCGAAGGAACACUUUCAAUUUAAGAUAAUCUAUCUUUAAAAAUAAAGUACAAAGAUCUUACUUUAGGUUAAAAAGGUUCUUUAGAAAUAGGAAAAGAUGCAACUAUAAUAAAUAAUUUAAUUAUUUUUGAAGAUGUAAGUACUUCAUAGUGCUAAGAACCAACUAACACUCAAAGCGUUGGAAAAAUCAAUAUUCAAUCAAGGUAUAUUGAGACCUACAGCUUGGGUGAUAUUUAUAAAUCAUAAAAUCUUAUCAAGAUGUAAAGCAAGCCGGUAAAUAUUCUUACCAAACAAAAUUACAUUUUAGUUGACAGUCUAUCUUCUGCGGAAUCAAAUUAAUUAAUAAACAUAUAAGAAGUUUAAGAAUAAAAUUUAAUUCUUAAAGAAUCAAUUCUAAAAGAUAACCUAGUUGUUAAAAUUAAUGAUGAUCAAACUAUAAAUCCAAUUCUAUUUAGCGAUGUUCCUACUUUAUCUGGAGUUAUAUUCAAAAACACUUGCUUAGUUGGUAAUAUAGAUAAGUUCUAAGGAGUGACAUUAAUUAAUCCUAGAGGUCUAUAUUUAAAGGGUGGAUUAAUUCAAAGCUCAUUGAUAAAAGUAGAAAGCUAAGAUUAAAAAGUUAGUAGAAUUAUUAAAUCAGAAGGAGGAUUUCAAAAAAAUAUCUUUUUUAAGUGCUCAUAAUUGAACCUCCAAAUAGGUAGCUCAGAUGAAAAUUCAUUUAUUGAUAACUCAUUAGUUAAUUCAGAUAAUAUUUAAAUAAAUGUUAAAAGCGUCUAUUUCAGCAAUAAUUAAUUCAUUAAAAGCAAGGUUGUUAUUAAUUCUUUGGAUUAGAAAAAUAUUAAUCUUAAUCAAUUUAAAUCUUAUAAUUCAGAACUAUCGAUUAAUAGCUAAACUGAUUCUACAAUAAGAUUUAACAAAGGUUUGAUUUAUAGAAAUAAAAUAUUUACAGUUUCUAAUGAUAUGAAACAUUUUUAACUUGAUUAAACCAUCUUUUUUGCUACCCCUAUUGAUUUAAGCAAAGCAAUAGUUAGCACUAAAUUCUAUAUUUCAUAUUGCUUAUUUGAUGGAAAUAAUGAAGUUGAUCAUUUAGCUAUAUUUAACAGUAACUCAAAAUAAUAAAAUAUUAAUAUAGAAAAUUCUGUUGCAGUGAAAUAUAAUAGUUUUUUAUUCACAACCUCUGAUAAAUUAAAAUAGCCUUAGGUUAAAUAUUUCUCAAGGUUAACAUCUGAAAAUCUAUUUACUAUUUAUUUGAGUUCAUUUAAAGUAAAUAUUAAGGUCAAAGAUUAUCUACCUUUGUUUAAUUUACCUAUGAUGAGUAUUGUAAAAGAUGGAUCAGAAGAAUACAACAUAGUAUAAAUUGAUGAUGUGAAUAUAAACAAUGAAAACAUUAUGUUAUCCUAAAUUAAAUGGGCACCUGUUCAAACUUAUUAGACAAGAUCAUUACCAACUUACUUUUAAUUAAAAGAUAUCAUUACAACUGACAGUAAUAGUAAUAUAAAGGCAUAAAUUUCAUUUAACAAUCAGCCUAAAUAAGAAUUAAAUUUGAACUAGUUUACUUAAUUGAUUGGUUAAUAAUCUAAGAACAUUGAUUUUACUGAUAGUAAUGGUCAAAUUUUGGAUCCUUCAGAACUCACAAUUGAAUUUAAUGCUUAAAAAGGAAGUCAAAGUGAUAUCUACUAAAACGCUCUUAUUUUUACAUCCACAAAAAGAGCAAUAAAAAAAAUAACUGUCGUAUAACUGAAGGACUCAAAAGAAUAAUAAGUCAAAAUCAUCACUAAAUUAGAUGGUUAUUAUUCGUAUAGUAGUAACAUUGUUACUUCGUUGUGGAGUUAAAGUCUUAAUUAAUUUUCUUUUACAUGGAAAAAAAUGGCAAUUGGCUUUUCUGUUUACAAAGUCAAAUUUGAGUAUUGUGAAGAAAACGAAUUAUUUGAUGGUAACAAAUGCGUUGCUUAAUGCAAUACUUCAAAGUCUGGAUUUUUCUGUUCAGAUGAAUGCAGUGAAGGAUAUUAUAAAGAUAGUAACAACCCUAGUACUUGCUUAAAAUGCCCUUUUGGAUGUAAAUAAUGUAUAGAUAGUAACACAUGUACUAAAUGCCAUGAAUUCUAUCUUUAAGAUGGACAGAAAUGCAUUGAUAAUUGCGGAAUUAACUCAUUUUAGAAAAAUAAUUAAUGCUAAAAAUGCACAGAAGGCUGUGGUCUUUGCUCAUCAAACGACUAUUGUAUUGUCUGCCAAGAUUAUUAUUCAAUGGAUGAUGAUGAUGGAAAAUGUGAAAAAUGUAAAGAAAACCAAGAUGAAAAUUGUGAUAAUUGUCCUUAAAAUUGUAAAUAAUGUGUUUAUAAUAGUAAAUAUUCUUGUUUAGAAUGUGAAGAUGGUUAUGAGCUUGUGUUUGGUUAAUGUAAAAAGAUAAAUACUUAAGACUCUUCAAAAAUUUGUGAAAAUGGAUAGAGUUUUAUAGAUGGUUCAUGCUAAUAGUGCUUCUAAGGAUGCUUAACAUGCUCUUCACCUAAUAAUUCUAACAGAUGUGAUAGCUGUAUCAGUUCUUACAAGCUAGACUAUUUUGGUUAUUCUUGCAAAAAGUGUAGAGGAGGAGAAUACUCAGUUUAGAGAGAUGUAUGCUAAUAAUGUAAUCAAUUAUGUGACAAAGAGUUUUCAUGUUAUGGUCCUUCUGCAUUUUAAUGUUAAAAGUGCUAGGCUGGAUACUUCAAAGAUUUACAAACCAACAAAUGUUUAGCAUGUGAUUUGAGUCAAUGCAAAGAGUGUUCAGAAUCUCCAACACAAUGUACAGAUUGUCCUGAAGACAAGGUUUUAUAUGAGAAAAAAUGCUUAGAUAAAUGUCCAAGCGGGUGGUAUCCUGAUGAGAAGAGAGUUUGUAGAUAAUGUAACUAGGACCUAUGUUAGGAAUGCUCUAAUUCUCCUACUUAAUGCACAGAAUGCAAGAAAGAUUAAGUCUUAUUUGAAGAAAAGUGUUAUAAAGACUGCAAACCAGGGUACUUUGCCGAUAUAUAAAAUGUAUGUAGAAAAUGUGAUAUGAAUAAAUGCGAGGAAUGUAUUUAAUAUGAUACUAAGUGCACUAAAUGCAAAGGAAAUUUAUACCUUGUUAAUCAUAGCUGCGAAGAUUCAUGCCCAGAUAAAGGUUAUUAUUUUGAUAAAAAUAAUAAAUGUUUACCCUGCCAUGAAGAUUGUGAGAAGUGUUCAGGUUCUCCAACCAAUUGCACUGAUUGUGAAUACCCUAUGUAUUUGGAGAAUAAUAAAUGUCUUUAAGAAUGUCCAGAAGGUAAAUAUGGUGCUUAUGUUUAGAGUAUCAGUAUGUGCUUAUAAUGUGAUAAAUAAAAAUGUCAAACUUGUAUUGACAAUAAAUCUAAAUGUACUUCAUGCCAUGAUGGAUAUUUCUUGCAUAAAAAUUAAUGUUUGAGUGAUUGCCCCAAAGGAACCAUUAAGAAUCUAGUAACUCAGAACUGCUUAGUCUGCCUAUAACCAAAUUGUGCUGUCUGUGGAGAUAAUGUUGGUGUCUGUAUUUAAUGCCGUGAAGGGUUUAUACAACAUUAAGGCAUAUGUAUAGUAGAUUGUCCUUUCGGUUAUUUCUUAAAUAAAAGCGAAAAAAAAUGCUAAGAAUGCGAUAAGAGAGUAUGCAUGGAGUGUUCUGAAUCACCUACUGUUUGCACUAAAUGUUACCCAGAGCACUACAAUGUUGGAAACGGUGUUUGCUCUACAUCAUGCCCUAAAAUGUCUUAUCCAUUCCAAUAAGGAGAUUAACAGGUAUGCAUGCCAUGUGACCCAAAAUGCACUAAAGGUUGCGUUGGUCCUUUGGAUUCUGAAUGCUUAGAAGCUGUUUAUAUCACAUAAGAAGCAAAUAACUAAGCAAUUUUAAUUGGUUUACUUGUAGUAUGCUUUAUUUUAUUGAUAGGAUUAGUUAUCGUUGCUUAUAUGUAUUAUAGAAAGAAACAGUAAGCUAUGCCAAUCAAGUCUUACUUACUAAAGAGGGAAAGCUAAUCUGAUAUUGGAACUAUAAUUUAAAUGGAAAAAACAGAAAGUUUAAAAAGAGUCUGA